GUUUUUUUUAAAUUGGAAUUGUUUCCAUAAGGUUUUAUUUGAAUUGUCUGUAGCAUCAUGAUCGAAUGUGGAAGAGACCUGCUUGAGAGCUAAAUUGUGCAAUGUUGUAAAUAUCCAGGAGACACCAGUGGGAAGAUUUUUCUUUUAUUUAAAUUGGCUGUGUGUUCUUUCCCGUUUCAGAUUAAUAGUUUGAAUUUCUGGUUCCUAAUGUAAGGUUAGUGAGAAUUGUUUUUUGGUAAAAUAAGACUAGCAAUCCUAUAUAACUUUGUGUAGAAAUAAGUCCUACUGUUGUCAGUGGAGUUUAUUGUCUACAGUUGCAGCCUUAAUCUCCCUUUUUUAGAACUCCGUACCUCUUUACACAUAGAGACUAGGUUCAAAAAUAAUGGCAAAUUGUGGUUUAUCCAUCAGGUGUGAGCCUUGUGUUUGCCUGUCAUGUCAUCCCUGGAGGUUUUGGAUUUCUGGAAAUUUUUGGAUUCAGAAUUAGUGCCCUAAGGCAAUAGAGAUCUAAUUUAGCAUGUUUUCACUUAUUUUUAGUGAAAAUAAAUCUCCAGAUGUUUUGUGCUACAACUUCCAUCACUUCAGCCAGCACAUUCCUCAAAGAAUUCACCACCCCGAGCCGGUAUUUGGCUACAUAUCGCAAAGUUGAUGACUGGUUUGCUUUUAGCUAUUUAGAGACAUGAAAGGGCUGUUUAGCCACAGCUGAGCAGGAGCAGAAUGGGCGUUCUGAGGAAAUGGUGCCAGAGGAAAAUGUGCCCAGCCUUAAUUUUGAGCCAUGAAAUGCACGAGAGUGUGUGUUAAUUAUGAGAAUGAGCAUGUCUGCAUGAAAGCAUUUUUCUUCUGGCCCCCACCCCUUUUUCUAAUAGGCCUCAAGCAAACACCGUAGGACAGUGGUAUGAUCUUUUGCCAGAAGAAUAGCUUGGAAGCAAAAGAUGGCAGGUGCUUCAUAAGACGAUGAUGACAAGCUGUCAUCAUAGCCUUGCCCCAGAUGAUCUUGGGGCAAGCUCACUGUGGAAAUAGCCAAGGCUUCAGGCCAUUUCAUUGGACGUGAAACAAAGUAAACUGGGCCAGUGCUGGUGAGCUGCUCCACUGACUCUACAAGUCGAGGUUCUUUCUAUGGGCCUUUGGAUUCUAUUUUUUAGUUUCUCUUUAUUCCUGUUCUCCACCUAUCAUAGGUAUGUGCCCGCUUCGCUACUUGCAUUUACUGACAUGGAUGAUCAGCCAUUCUCCCCUCCUUCCUCCCAGGAGGCUGAGGUGCAACUUGAAAACUGCCAGCACCUGAAAGUACCUCAUUUGAAUGUGCGCUAGCUCCUCUCACACUCCCAUCUUAAAACUUGACCAGCUGCAGACAAGGAUGGCUUGAGAGAAACAACCUUUUUUCUCCCACCCACCACCUUCUGCAAAAAAAACCCUUGGGUUUUUUAACAUCUAGCCUGAUCAUUAUUGGUGUCAAUGGCCAUGCUGCCAUCUUAAAAUGGGACAAUCCAGUUUCCCAAAUUGUUGAAAUCGCAAAGUUGUCUCCUACUUCCUCUUCCUUCAGAGUCCUCAAAAAGACGCCUUUGCUUGACAUGCAAUACAAAAAUAUAUUUAUAUUUGAUAAUUAAUCACAUCAAGUAACCUUUUCCUGUUUCUGACCAUGUUAAUUCAGGAGAGUCAUGGUUCUGUGCGCUGCAGAGGUUCGGAAGGUGACAGGUCUGAAUGGCAGCUUCUCUCCAGGAGCAGAUGUCUCAGACCUCUGGGCAGCCUGGCACUCUUCUCUACUUGUUUUCACUUCCUUCCCUCCCCCCAUCCCAAAUGAGAGAGAUGUCUGGCCCAUACCAAGGGCGGCUGCCAGAAUGCAAAGGUCUCACACAAAGCCCCCAAUUGUGUUCCCCAUGAAUGUGUUAGCUGUCUCACAAGGAAGGACAGCGAAAGCAUCACCGUGCCCAGGACAGCAUCUUUCUGCAGCCUCUGUUCCCUCCCACCAUUAAGAGCAUCUAACGUUUCACCACCACGUGGCUCCUUCUCCAAGUCAAGGUGCCAGGGUGGGCAGUAAAAUGGGGCAUGUUCUCAGGUUUCAAACCGGAUUCCGAGGGAUUUGAUAAUGCACAAGCUCUAUACUGUCAGAAGGCAGUCAGAGGAGCAAAGAGGGCAUCGAGAAUGGAGGAACAGACUGUGGCCCACAUCACCCCCUGUCCAGAGAGAGCCUUACCGGCAGAAUCCAAAAGCCCUUCCAGGACAUUUUGGGUUGUUCUUUCUGUCAUUUUAAUCUGUGGAAUUAUCUGCAUUGCUGUGGCAGCAACUCUCAGCUUCGCAAAAACAUCUCCCAAGCCUCUUUUGCAGGUUGUCCGGUUAAACUUCCAGAACCGACCAGGGUCCCGGAUGAACCAGUCUGCUUUCAUGAACAAGUCCAAGAACACAGUUACUUACUGCAUAACUUCCCCAAGUAACCAAACAACGUCAGUCUUGUUUGACAACAAGAAUGGCUACGUCUGCUACAAGCCCUCAGAGCAGAACAAUUGCUACCUGCGGAUGAUGGAUGACCGAGACCGAGACACUGUCCAGAUGUCCUUCAACCUGUCAGAACACAGGGUGGAUCAGCUGCCGCUUCCCAACGACAGGACCCAGUACUACCGUGAGUUCCUGGGGAUCGUGCCAGGGAGGCAGGUGCGACCAGAAGAGGCAGGGGAGGCUGUCAGGUCCUUGUGUGGGCAGGCGCCCAUCUACUGGGUCAAGAAAAAAGACGGUCCUCCAAAGCAGCGGCUCAUCUACCUGUGCAUCGACAUCUGCUUUCCGAACAACAUCUGUGUCUCCAUCUGCUUCUACUACCUUCCCGAAUGAAUGGCCUGGACCACCCUCUGCACCUCUGCUCUUUUCUACUUGAACACAAGGGCGAGGCUCUGCUGUCUCCGCCAAGCCCACGUUGCAAUUCAGGGCUCUGGAUUGGGCAAGAAGGGCUACAGGAACCUUCCCCAACCUGGUGCUCUCUGGGUGCUUUGGACUACAAUUCCCAUCAGCACAGCUGUGCUUCCCGGGUCUGAUGGGCUUGUAGUCCAACAGCAUCUGAAGGGGACCAGGUUGAGGAAGCUUGAACUACAGCGACACUCAGUCAAGAUGGCAGUAUAUACAUAUGUGUGUGUGUAUAUAUACUGUAUGUAUAUGUAUACUCCUGCUUUAUUUACAAAGAGUGUUGCCC